GUAGCCCUAAUGCGUGCACUUGUAGAAUGAGAUUGCAGGCGCAGGCGCCCCUCAUCCGAGUGUAUCGCGUAUUGGACGUCGCAAGCGCUCUUCAUCUGCAAAUUUUUUUGGCUCUUCAUAUCCGAGUGUAUCGAAAUUUCAUCGAUUCGAAGCAAUUUUCGAGGAGACUAUGCAGACCUACGAUUUAGGCGGCUACGGAAACGUUAAAAAGACUCUUUAGACGGCGUCUUCUGAGUUCUAACUUCCGACCUUGGUGGUGGCUGAUUGGCUGGCUUGCAGGCUGCAAGGCGGCAACUUGCUAUUGCAGAACAGUAGAAGCUCACUAUCUGAGAAUUGAGAAGCGAGGGCCGCAGAGGAUAGCUAAUUAGCUACAGCAAGUUGGCCACUCUUGUUUCACAGAAUUACAGUUUCAGGAGUCCGGACCCAAGUGCUUUUACAUUAAAAAAAUCAGCCCUUUCAGUGAAUCAAGUCGGUCUACAAAUCUAGAAAUCUACAAUCACUAGCUCUCCAAAGCUUAGACUUCAGGAUCGACGGUUGACAGCAUGGGAGACUGGGCUGCACUCCCCGAUGAUAUCCUAGUGAUAAUUCUACAAUUGAUUGUUAUCGGGAAAGAUCAUUGCAGCUUUGGGUGCGUUUGUAGAUCUUGGAGAAGGGCAGCACUAUUGUUUCUCAGCAUCUUCGUCCCAAAGGGUGCUCCUUGUCUGAUUGUUCCCGACAAAAACACUAGCUGCUCAUCAAUCCCCGACCAACACAGACGGCUUCUUCUAGCAUUUCAGAUCGGAAAGGACAUUGCUGAAAUAGAAGGCUUUUUGCCUCAAAUCAGAAUUCCCCCCAGAGACAUCUGUCUUGGAUCUUACCAGGGAUGGCUUGUCAUGAUAUCCAAAUACGUGAAGAUCUACAUAUGGAAUCCUUUUUCGUGCACUUCCAUAGACCUGUUAAUGUGUAAGUACUACAGAUUGAGUGGUCUUCAGCUCUGCAUGCUUAGUCUUUAUGAAAAGGAGAUCAAGUUGGCUGUGCUUGAUAUGUAUAUCAGCAAAGCGAUCUUGUCAACAGUUCCUACAGCCCCAAAUUGCUUUAUCUUUAUUAUUUAUGGGUACAAGAACUUUGCUUUUUGCAAUGUAUCCGACAAAGUCUGGAGAUACAUGGUUCGGCCUCAGAGUAAGCAUGAUCCGACAACUACCCCACAAUCUUACACGGACGCAAUCUAUUUCAAGGGACAGUUCUACAUUGUCUCAGCAAGCGGGGAAAUAUUUUCUUGCGACGUUACUGCUUCUCGACCAGGACUGAUUAGUGUUUAUGGUCCGCCACCAAAGACACUUUCUGCCCAUCAAUGGUAUCUUGUGGAAUGCAGGGGGGAACUAUAUAGAGUCAUGCAACAACUCAUGCGAUGUAGGUUUGCUGCAGGAAAAGAUGAUGAUGCUUGUAUUGGUAUUGAUAACCAAGAUCUACAUCAGGCUCUUGAUGAACAUUUUCGUGGAGAGUCAUAUGGGUGCAACGGAUUUGAAGUGCAUAAGCUGAUGAGUGAUACGGUUGGUUGGAUACAAGUGCGUAAUUUUGAAGGCGAUGCAGUUUUUUUGGGUAGGAAUCAGUCUUUUUCCCUCUCAAACCCCGGUGAUUAUGGCUACAAGCCAAACCGGAUCUAUUUCACCGAUCAUAGAUCUAUAAAUAAUGACAUGGGCGUGUUCAACCCGGAGGAUGGUACCAUGGAGUCGCCACUUUACAAGACAAAUUCAAGGUUUAUAGUGCCACCUGCUAUUUGGAUGACACCUAACACAUGAUAAUAGAGCCCAUUUGAUCCACCCCUGACACCGACCACGCCGCCUCACACCGCAUCGGUCUAGUAACACCUCUGCCACUCAUCCAGCCACAUCGCGCCUCCGUCUAACACCGUCUUUGCCCAACAAUGUUGCUGCCUAACGGCGCCACCGCCUGCGCUUAUAAGCAACGCCGCUGCAUCCAAUAUUUCCUCUCCUCUCACUUCAAAUAAACAUGGUUUGUUUACAAACCCUUCACCAGGAAUGAUAUUGAAAGCAUUAUUAUAUCCUUUCUUUGAUGACACACUUGAUGCAUCAAAGUUUGGAUGCAGCAGUUGCAUUUGUGCCCUCUAUUUUCAUAUUGCAUUGAUGGGAGCUUAUUUUGGACAGUUUGACAUAGGUUUAAUUUUACAUGUGUCAACCAUAUGCCAAGGUCCAGUGAGGCAUCACACAGAUGUGCAACUUUCUCCAAAAUACAGCACUGUAACAUGCCAUCACCCUAGAUCUCGCCCAACAUGCAGCCACAACAGCGCCUUUAGUGGGUUGACCUGAUUAGUUCAGGUUGUUUUGCGUUGCCUAUACAUCAACGGAUGAGAUAGUACAUGCAGUUGAACUAUCAUGUGAAGCAAAAUGGCAGAGUUCAGAUAUUUAUCGACAUGUGAAUGGAAAUGGUAAAAACGAGAACAUUAUUAUAGGAGUGACAUAUAUUAAUAGGAAUAUGUAUAUGGCUGGUGUUCCUUAUCCUAAUAUAAUACGCACCUCUGGCGAAACUCAAUUGAGUAAUUUUCUACUAUGGUAGAGUUCAAAAUGCCUUCUUUACUCUCCAGAAUCUCUUUGGCUAGAGAUGGGUUUCCGGCAUUUAGAUUGGGCAAUUUUGAAUAUCCAAAGAUAUGUUGUCUACCUUAAAGGGGCAAAAGAGAAAAAAAAACAUGAUUCUGCUGAGGGUAGCUUUAUCAUUUUGGGGUUAUAGUCAUCUUUGUGAAUUGAUCGGCCUUCUUUCUUAUUCUUAAAAACUCCUUUGGGCUAUCCACUUGAAAAGAAAAGAUAAAUUGUGGAUAAAGUGGGUUAGUUCUUACCAGAAAUUUUAAAGAGCACGUCGCGUGCUCCUUAUUGAGCACGUAAUACGGCUGACGCCUC